AUGAGGACCUUCCAGAGCCAAAGUCAGCCUGCGCAGCGCGGAGCCUCCAGCAGCCUGCACAGCCUCAGCAGCAGCGCCAUGUGUCCACUCAGCACGGCCAGCAUCACCCUUGCAGCCCUACUCAUCCUCACCAUACCAGUCUGCAAAAGUGCUCCAGCAGAACUUCAGCAAGCCACAACAGAUCAGAGGCAGCUGCUCAGCCAGAUAGAUGCUGUGUGCUCGUCCUACCUCUCUGCAGACCUGAAGUUUUGGGCAUCUGACGUCUUAGGGGAUCUCUGUGUCUUGAUGCUGGUUCAGAAGUCAAAGGAGCAAAAAGUGCGAGAAAAUAGUAAAAGGGCUGAACUCCAGGGACCUGGUGGAAUCCAGAGCAGAGGUUACUUCCUCUAUCGGCCACGAAAUGGAAGACGAUCCUUAGAAUAUGAGUAAAUUAAAGAGUCUCCACCUCUGAAGCAUAGUGUAAAGAGAUGGCACAGACCCCGAGACCCGAGCUGCUGCACCACGACUGAGUGAUCCAGAAUUUAAUCACAGCCCUCUGCCACUGCUGUAUAGUGAUGUCUGAAUGUACACAAAGAAUAAAAUUAAAAUACUAGACAUUUGUCUAGAUUUUAUUUUGUGUUAUAUGUUUGUCAUUUGCAUUAAAAUGCUACAAUGUGGUCAGGUGUUAAGUUUGAUAUGUAUCACAUUGUGUUGUAUAAAUAGGAAUCUUUCAUUGCAUAUGGAAAAAGCAUAAGAAAUGUAGUGUAUACAUGAAUGGAGAUACAUUACAAAUGUGCACUGAAUUGAAAAGUUAACCACACAUCAGGUAUAUUUAAAUCCCAGUAAAAGUAUUUAUUUGACAUAAAAUGCCAUACCUAAAAAAAAAGGUAUACAUACU